AUAAGAAAUAACCUCUAUUAAAAAAAACAAACUUAUAUAAAAGAAAUAUUGUUGUUAUAAUUCAUAUAUUACCUGUUAAAAUAUUAUAGAAAAAAUAUUUAUAUUGUUUAUACAUAUUAAUUAAGUUAUUAUGAAUAUCGCUCGCAAGGUCUCUUCAAUUAUACCGUAUCACAAUGCCCGGAAAAACCUGUACAGAAAAUUUCGUAUUUCCGCUUCAAAUUGCGACUCGUCUGCUCAAUCACAGCCUCAAAUUAGAGAAGAGAAAUUUGAUUUUGAAGAUUUAAAAGUUUUGGAGCGUGUUGAACGCAGGAAAGCUCAAAUUUCGCCAUUUAUGAAAGAUGUUUUCAUGUCUAUAUUCAAUCGUGAUUUACUCGCAUUUCCUGAAAUUCUAAACAAAGAAGAAUCUAUGGCUUUAGACGACAGAGUUGCUGCAUUGGAAAAGGUGUUUUCUGAUCCAAAAAAAACAAAAGAUGACCGUAAAAAGGCGUUGUUACAAACAGGCAUGUACGGCGCCCCAACAAGCCUUACAAAUGGUGGAUUAGCGAUGAAUUACACAGAAAGUUUGAGGUAUUUAGAUGUAAUAUCAACCGAUAUAGAACUUGGACUAGAGUUAAGCGACCACUGGGUUUCUUUAAACGUUCUUAAAUUAGGUUUGAGUACAGAUGCUUAUCAGAAAUUGGUUAACGAUUUAAUAUCUGGGGAAGAAACUAUUAGUGUAUGUAUAAGAGAGAAGGUUCCGGAAAGGUUAUUGCAAGCUGACUUCCGAACAACUGCUGAAAUGGAUGGGAAGGGUGUUUGGCAUCUAAAUGGGGAGAAAAUAUGCAUGAAUUCAACUGGCUACUUACUUGUACUCUGCCUGGUUGAGAAGACACGGUUCAAGGCAUUCCUUGUACAUCCCGGAGCGCAAGGAGUAAGAAGUGACAAGAAUUUUGUCACCUUCAUAGAAACUCCUGCCACCCCCUUAGACGAGAUAACAGAAGAAGCAUUAUCACAAACACUAGCAGCAUCCCGCCUGUACACGGCCACAUUGUGUCGGAACAGCCUAAAGAAGUCGAUGCAUACUUGCUUAGAGUACAUUAAACCAAGGUACUUUUCAGGUAAAUCGCUCACCGAAAUCCCAACGAUACGAGCGAUCAUAGGCGACACGCUGCUGAAGAUGUACGCUAGCGAAAGUGCUGAAUACUUCACGGCCGGCUUACUCGAUGGCUACUUGGAACCAGACGCAGAGCUCGAGGUUGCUAUGUGCAGAAAUUUCAUAGCGGACCACGCGCAGAAGCAGCUAUUGCAACUCCUCGCGGUACCGGGGAUGGAGAUGCAGGAUCGCUGCCUGGAGCUGUUGGAGGAGAUGAGGCUGCUGACCUUGAGGGGCGAAAACACGGACAACGUUAAUAUGUACAUAGCGCUAAAUGGAAUACACCACGCCGGCAAAACAAUGGCCACCGAAAUAAAGCAGAUGCGGAACCCACUGUUCAACCCAUCGUUUAUUUUAAAAAAAAUCAUCACGGACAGACAUCAAGAGAAAGAUAAUCCGAAGCUGGACCUUUAUCUGUCGGAACAUCUGCACCCGACGCUAAAGCAAUCGGCCGAAAAGCUGGAAUACUGUGUACUCAGGAUGCGUUUCACCUGCGAAACCUUGAUGAGCAGACACGGCCAGGAAAUAGGGAAUGCGUUUACAGAAUUAACAAGACUCGCAGAAGCGGCGACUGAAAUUCUAGUCAUGAGCUCUGUUUUGGCCAGAGCGUCCAGAGCGUACUGCAUCGGUCUACGUAACAGCGAACUGGAAAUGAAACUGUCUUCGUGUUUCGUCGAUAAGUCCAAGGAGAGGGUGCAGAAGCUACUGCUGGAAGUCAACGACGGCGAGUAUUUGAAUUUGGACCACUUCAGGAUCCAAUUCGGAAAGAAGGUUUUGGAUAAUAAGAACGCAAUCGUUGAAAAGCCAACGGCAAGAGUUUUUUGGUGAAAUAAAUUCUGUUAAA